AUGGCUGCUAUUCGAAUAUUCCACACCACCAACAUCAUUCUCACAGAUAAAUCCAAGUUCACCUUUAUUGGCUCAAUUUCGGAAUCUUUGCUUCGCGAUGUUCCAGCUACAAGCGAAGUGCUGCGAACCUAUCAUAGUCUACCAGUCUCUGGUUUUUGCCCAAUGACCGAUGAUGUACGAAACGUACUUGACGAGGCAGACAAACCAAAGAAAGGGGGAAAGAAAAGAGGUGCGAAAGUGGGUCCAUGUAAAACUCCUCAAGCUCUGAAAAAGAAGAAGGUAAAGAAAGCUGCUCACAGGCCAUUAACUCCUACACUGAGUGCUUCAGGUUUCACUUUUGGUACUUCUACAUCACCACUCUCAGCUCUUCGCCACGAGGAUCCAGAUACUAUUUAUGGUGUAGAUGAAGAUGAUUUUGGAGGUUUCACCUACAGCCUCUUCAACAUUAUGACUGAGAGUGAUGAUGACGCUCCAGUCACCUUAGGGAAACUCAAGGCCAUUAACGAGAAGCUGGAUUUGCUGAUUCAAUUCUCUAAGACCUCAACCAAUGAUGAUUAUUCUCAGGCUAUGAUCAAGUCUUUUCUUGAGACCCUCACCAAAGAACACACUACAAAUCCCGAAAAGACGAAUCAAAUUGUUGAUGCUUCAGCUUCAAUAUGUAAGGAAACGACUGAAAAAGUCGAUAAACUAAUUAAUGAUGCUAGAUCCUUCAUGACCACUUUUUAG